UUGAUGAAAAUUGCGAAACUUGCUCAACAGAUCAAAUUAGAAAAUGUGUUAAAUGUUUGACAAAUUAUUAUCCAGGAGAUAACGGAGUAUGCAUAAUGUGUGAUUCAACAUGUGGGGGUAAUUGUGACACAACAAAUGGUCUUUGCACAACGUGUUUGACCAAUUAUGUAUUUACCGAUCCAAAGUCGAAGAAGUGUGAAAUGUGCAAUGUGUUUGAUGCGAAGUGUUUCAGUUGCUCACCAAACUACAUGAGAAGUUGCAUCAAAUGUGCUGCUGGCUAUUACCCACACCAGAACGGCACAUGUGUAUUGUGUGAUGCAAGUUGUGCGACCAAGUGCAACACGUCAACGGGUGUGUGUGAGUCGUGUAUCAACAAUUAUGUGUAUUCUGAAUCGUCAUCAAAGAUGUGUGUAUCAUGUGAUGCAUUUGAUGCGCACUGCACAACAUGCAGCACAGACUCAACACGAAAAUGCAUUGUGUGCAGCAGUGGGUAUUAUCCAAAGAACGAUGGCGACUUCAGAUGCAGACUGUGUGACACAACAUGUGGCGGCAAGUGUGGUGGCACAACAGGGAUGUGCACUGGAUGUGACACAAACUACGUGCCAACAGUUCAACCAUCACUGACAUGCAUCAAAUGCAACACGUUUGACACCGAUUGUGUGACGUGUGCACCCGACAAGAGAGAGUGUGCUGUCUGUACAAAUGGGAAAUAUCCAGACGAAACAACCAAAACAUGCAAAGACUGUGACUCGACAUGCAACACACAAUGCAACACAACAAAUGGAAUAUGUACCGGUUGCCUGUCCAAUUACGUCUUCACAGAACCAGAAUCGCAGAGUUGUGUGAGUUGCAUUUCAUUUGAUGGACACUGCAAAACAUGUGCUUCCGAUUACACACGAAGUUGCAUCGAAUGUAAUGAUGGGUACUAUCCAGAUCAAUCGUCUCAUAUGUGUGUGCUAUGUAACACAAUAGAAGAAAGUUGUAGUAAAUGUAGUACAACAACAAAGAAAUGUACCAAUUGUGAAGACCCGUUCUAUAUUUCCUCUACAUUUGAAUGUGUGUCUUGUGAAAAGGGGACAUUCAAGAAUACAGAAAAGGGAUGUACACAAUGUUCUAAUUCCACUGAAUAUUGUCAAGAAUGUACGACUGUAUCAGUGGGUAAACCCAAAUGUAUAACAUGUUAUCCUCCAUACAAAGUUUCUUCAAACGGAGAUUGUGUUAUUUGUGACAACAAUCAAUUUUAUAGUCAAAUGAAAGUGAUGUGUGUGUCGAACACUCCCGAAUGUCUUAUUCAACUUAAUGAAGAUGUUUGCCUUAAAUGCCACGAUAACCAUUUCUUAUCAAAUCAAAUGUGUGUAGCAUUGGGAAAAUGCGACUCUCAUGUUUCCAUAACAUCGUGUGAUAGUAACAAUCAAAUAUUAAUGAAUACAGGCGAAAAGACACAAAUUGUAAAUUGUAAAUAUCAGAAGAGUUCCCAAACAAGCAGUUUAUGUCUCAAUUGUCAAGAUAACUAUUUACAAACAAACAUGGGUUGCGUUCAAAAAACAAUUUCAUCACACUUGAUUCGUAAUAAUGUGACAUAUUCGUGUGGAGAUGGUGAAUAUCUCAAUGGUAACGAGUGUGAGAGUUGUAGUAUUACAAACACCGAAUGUAUAAAAAUGAAUGAUAAUGUGUUGCAACUGAAUUGUGCAGAUAAUUUCAUUUACGAUGUUGAUAACUUGCAGUGUAUAACAGAUACGAAUUGUGCCACAAUAAACAACGAAAUGUGUGUUAUGUGUAAUUUGUCGUCAUAUGAUAUUGUGAAAGGGAAGUGUUCUGAAUGCACAUAUAACAAUUGUGAUAUUUGUUCUCAAACAAAAUGCAUGAAAUGUUCCCAGCACCAUUUAUUAGUCACUGAUAAUUGGUGUGUUGAUUCUUCCGAAUUGAAUUGUGUUAAGAGUAGUGAAUAUGGUUGUGUCCAAUGCAAUGAAGGGUUCUACCAAAGUGAUACCAAAAACAUCGAAGGGAAGUACUCGUAUUGUCUUCCAAUUCCACGAGAAGACAACUGCAAAUAUCUCACAACAUCGAAUUCCAAAUGUGUAGAGUGUUACAACUCUUAUAAAUUGAGAAAUGGGGUUUGUGCCGAGUAUUUUGAUGAUAAUGUUGAUAUGAUAUCUUCCAUAUCACUUCGUAGUAAUAAAUCUUCAAUCAAAGAGUCAUUGGAAAGUAUAUGUAUGACUCGAACAAAUAAAGGGUGUCAACAUUGUUCUAUCGGGUAUUAUUUAUCAAAUGAGAAGUGUAUACAAUGCUCCAACAAUUGUUAUAGUUGUUACAAUUCGACAUAUUGCAUUUCAUGUGAAAAUGGGUACUUCUUAAAUUCGCAAAUGGAGUGUAAAUCACUUGGGGAUUUGAAAGACAAGUGUUCGAUGCCAUUACCGACAGGUGGUGGAUGUGCCAUUUGUAAAGAUGGCUUUUAUAAAGUUGAAAAAGAUUGUAUAUCAUGUGACGAAUCCUGUGGAACAUGUUUGAAUUUAUAUCAAUGCUCUUCAUGUGCUGAAGGAUAUUACCAAAUACAAGGAGAAACUCAGUUGUGUUUGUCCAACACGACUUUAUCAAAUUGUAUUAAAAGUAACAGUUAUGGGUGUGAGAUGUGUAUGGAUCGCUAUCAUCUCAGUAAUUACAGAUGUUCCAAAUGUUCUUCCAAUUGUAUAUCAUGUCAAACUGAAGAUGUGUGCACUCUAUGUGAAAUUACAGACUUUGUAUUAGUAAACAACAACUGCACACAUUUUUCGGAUAUCGAGUGGUGUCUGAAAGCUUCAAAUUCGAAGUGUAAUAAAUGCAAAGUCAAUUAUAAACCCUCAGAAAUAGGCGACUCAUGUCUCUAUUCUCUCAAUUUGGGUAUUGCUGUUGGUAUCCCCAUAUCCAUUGUAAUAGUGAUAAUAAUAAUUGUCACAACUAUCAUUGUUGUCACUGUAAUAUUAAUUCAACGCAAAAAGGAAAGGAUUAAAGAGAAGAAUGUGUGCACCUUUAAGAUGGAUCGUUCUAAUAUUCAAAUGUCAAAGUUGAACUCGAUAUUACUGUCUAACAAAAAACUCUUGAAGUUCGAUUUGGACACUGAUGAUGCCAUCCCAGUCGACAAAGA